AUGUCCUCCGCCAUCGUUUUCGGCGGAGCAACCGCCUUAAAAUUACCAACAUUAUCCCAAAAACAUCGUGGCGUAGUCGCCAAGUUCUACUCACCCAAACUCAACCUCACACGUUCGGUAUUUCAGAAGAGAAUCCAAUAUCACAAUGGCUCAACCUCUUUCCGUUCCCUUCUCCGCCACCGCGUUUCUUCCAACGACGCACAGUUCAACUCAGCUCCCGAAAACAACAUCCAACAACAGCCGAGUUUCACCGAGUUUAUCACUUCUGAGCGAGUCAAAGUGGUGGCGAUGCUCGCUCUCGCUCUAGCCCUCUGCAACGCCGAUCGUGUAGUCAUGUCCGUUGCCAUGGUUCCUUUAUCGCUCGCCAACGGUUGGGGCCGCGCUUUCUCUGGAAUCAUUCAGUCUUCGUUUCUGUGGGGAUAUCUGAUUUCGCCUAUAGGUGGAGGAAUAUUGGUGGAUAAGUAUGGUGGCAAAGUGGUCAUGGCUUGGGGUGUGACACUGUGGUCACUUGCUACUUUUCUUACUCCAUGGGCUGCAGAGACCUCUCUUUUGACUCUACUUGCUGUCCGGGCUUUGCUCGGUGUGGCUGAAGGCGUGGCUCUUCCUUCCAUGAAUAACAUGGUGGCCAGAUGGUUUCCUCAAACUGAACGGGCAAGGGCUGUUGGCAUUUCGAUGGCUGGCUUUCAGCUUGGAUGUGCGAUAGGGCUCACACUUUCUCCCAUUCUCAUGUCGCAAGGCGGUAUAUUUGGUCCAUUCGUGAUUUUCGGUUUGUCUGGGUUUCUUUGGGUGUUGGUAUGGUUGUCAGCAACAUCGAGCACUCCUGACCGAAGUCCUCAAAUAUCAAAAUAUGAGCUGGAGUAUAUACUGAAUAAAAGACAACAGUCUUUUCCGGUGGAGGCAAAUAAAGUUAAAGUUAUCCCUCCUUUCAGACGCUUGCUUUCAAAGAUGCCAACAUGGUCUCUAAUUGUCGCAAACGCCAUGCAUAGCUGGGGUUUUUUUGUUGUUCUUUCUUGGAUGCCAAUAUACUUCAACUCAGUGUAUCGUGUGGAUCUCAGGCAGGCGGCGUGGUUUAGUGCCGUUCCGUGGGUUGUGAUGGCUAUCAUGACUUACCUUGCCGGCUUUUGGUCAGAUAUGAUGAUACAAAGGGGUACAAGUGUUACUUUGACUCGUAAGAUUAUGCAGUCCAUUGGUUUUGUUGGUCCUGGAGUUAGCCUCAUUGGUUUAGCAACAGCAAGAAACCCUUCGACUGCUUCUGCUUGGCUUACAUUAGCCUUUGGCUCAAAAUCUUUCGGUCACUCUGGUUUUCUUGUGAACUUUCAGGAUAUCGCACCACAGUACUCUGGUGUUUUACAUGGAAUGGCAAAUACUGCUGGAACACUUGCUGCUAUAAUUGGAACAGUUGGAGCUGGCAUUUUUGUUGAGCUAGUUGGUUCGUUCCGAGGAUUUCUGCUGCUUACAUCACUCUUAUAUUUUCUUGCUGCCCUUUUCUACUGCCUAUUCUCUACAGGAGAAAGAGUAAAUUUUGAUGAUCCUGUUGGCUGA